CUUUUCGAUUCUCUGGAUCUCCAAGCGGCCUCACGAGAUUCUCUCUCUCGCUCCGUUUGGUUUAAUAUCUGCUCUCGUUUGCAGAAUCAUCCAGUUGGAAAGCUUUUCCAGUCCUUUCUUUAUACCUUUAAUAUCACACACAACAUUCGUUCCCAUAUAAUAUACCAAUAGUCCUAAUCCGACGAUCCAAACUCUAAUACCGUUUGGAUCUAUCUACCUAAUCAAUACAUCCUCGACCGGGACCCUAGCAAAUAUGAAGGGUUUCUUGUUGGCGUCUGUCGGCCUCUUGGCCGCUGUCGUCGAGUCCUGCCCUGGCCAUGGAUCGCCACCUGGAGACAGCGUGUAUCGCCCCGAGUACCACCGUCGCCAUCAGCGUCGCCAGGACACUGAGUCUUCCACGGCUACUGCUACUUCCACCGUUGACCCCGACGUUCAAGAGGCCGCUACUGCUACUGCUACCGCCAGUGCCGUCUCGAGCGUAAGCGUCAGCUUGAGUGAGACUGAGACUUCAAGCGAGACUGCAACCCUCUCCAGCUCUGCCAUCGCUGCUGAGGCUACCAUCUCUGCUCUUCUCGUUAACAACGCCAACGUCAAGACUACCAUCUUGGUCAUCGCCCGCGAUGCGUGGUCUGCCACCCAGGCUACCUCUGGCCUGACUGCCUAUGGUAUCCCAUUCGAGGUGCUUCUCGUUCCCCAGGGCGGUGUUACCCUCCCUACGCUCUUCUCUGGAACCCAGGGUAACUACGGAGGUCUCUUCCUCCUCUCUGGCCUUGCCUACGAUUAUGGCAACAACAACUGGCACAGCGCCCUCACUGAUGCUCAGAUGAACCAACUCUACGAGUACCAGACCGAGUUCGGCGUCCGCAUGGUCCAGUACGAUGUCUACCCGCAGCCCGCCUUUGGCACCACCCCCAUUGGCAGCUGCUGUGACGAUGGUGUCGAGCAGCUCAUUUCCUUCUCCAACACCACCUCCUUCGCCCAGUCUGGCCUCAAGACCGGUGCUGGCAUGAGCACUCGCGGCUUGUACCACUACGUCACCCAGAUCACUGACCCUACCACCACCUGGGAAAUCGCCCGCUUCGAGCCCAACGGUCAGUGGACCAGCCCCUCUACUGCCGGUGUCAUCAACAACUUCAACGGCCGUGAACAGAUGGCUUUCUUCACCACCUGGGCCACUGACUGGUCUCCCACCAGCAACUACCUGCAGCACGCAGCCAUCACGUGGGUCACCCGCGGUCUUUACGCCGGCUUCCGUCGUGUCAACAUCAAUGCUCAGAUCGAUGACAUGAUGUUGGGUACUCCCAUCUACAACGUCCCCGGCGAGUACCGUGUCGUCCCCGCCGACAUGAACACAAUCAAGAACUGGAUCCCCUCCAUCAACGCAAAGAUGAACCCCGGCAGCUCGUUCAAGCCUGAGAUCGGCUACAACGGCAACGGCAACAUCCUCGCAAUCGACCAGGACUGGUCCAAGCCGGAGUGCAGCCCUCACCCAAUUUACACUGGCUACAACCCCACCGAUGCCGAAUUCAAGAAGCCCCUCGGCACUGGCAUCGACCUCUGGCCCAGCACUCCCACUAACUACACCUACACUACCACGUGCAUCAACCAAGAUCCUCUGUCCGUUUGGUUCCAGAACUCCGCCAACCGCGCGGCUUUCUUCCAUCUCAGCCACACCUACACCCACGAGCACUUGAACAACGUCACCUACUCCGAUGCCUACAAGGAGAUCCAGUUCAACCAGAAGUGGUUCGCCCAGACCGCCAUCGACCAGGUCAACUUCUCCCCCAAGGCCCUCAUCCCCCCGGCCAUCACUGGUCUCCACAACGGUGACGUCCUCCGCGCGUGGUGGGAUCUCGGUCUCCGCAACUGCGUCGGUGACAACGCUCGCCCAGCCCUCCGCAACCCCACCAACCGCCACUGGCCUUACAUCACCAACACCAACACCGACGGCUUCGACGGCUUCACCGUCAUCCCCCGCUGGCCCCUCCGCAUCUACUGGAACUGCGACAGCCCUCAGUGCACUCUCCAGGAGUGGCUCGACACCUCCAACGGCAACGGCGGCUUCGACAACCUCAUGCUCCAGGAGAAGAACGACAUGAUGCGCUACUACUUCGGUCUCUUCCGCGACGGCGUCAUGUUCCACCAGAUGAACCUCCGCUCCGAGGGCAUGGGCACGAUCACCAUGGCCGACGGCACCCAAGUCCGCUCUCUCUACCAAGCCUGGGUCGAGCAGACCGUCCAGGAGUUCAGCCGUCUCGCCAACUGGCCCAUGAUCGCGCUCAGGCAGGACGACCUCGCCGACGCGUACACCGCACGCAUGGCCCGCGACCAGUGCAAUUACGGUCUCAGCUACACCAUCGCCAACAAGCGCAUCACGGCCGUCACCGUCACCGCCAGCGGCAACACCUGCUCCGCGGAGAUCCCCGUCACGCUCCCCGGCACCGUUACCAACACCCAGGGCUUCAGGACCGAGAAGGUCGGCAACGACCCCUUGACCAUCUGGGUCACGCUCACUGGCUCGCCCGUCACGUUUACGCUUUCGAGCUCGAUUGCUAUCUAGAGCGUGAAUGAGUUAUUUGUGUUUGCUUCUUGUUGUUGAUUAUUAGUGUUUUGGCGAGAAAAGUUUGAGUUGAAGGCGUAGCUUUGUUGAGAGAUACCAAUAUAAGUCCAUGAAGUUCGUAAUGUAAACGAUG